AUGGCCCCGCUUGUCGACAACCCCCAGAUCAAGCAGGCCAGCCUGCACAACCCGCUGCCGUUGCAGCUGCACACAUACAUCUGGCCAUUUUUAAUAAUAUGGCCGGCCUUCUCCGCCAUAUACUUUUCGCCGCAGCGCUACGAGCAGUACAUUCAGUCGUCGGAAUGGACUUUUGUAUGGAUUGCCAGCAUCACCACCUUCCAGUCGCUGUUCUGGCUCAUGACGCACUGGAACGUUAACCUCAAGAGCGCAUUCACCACCACCUCGGCCGGCGACGUGCGUUCUGCAUCGCUUAUCAAAGUCCAGCCGAUCAAGAAUGCCGGCGCCGCUGAGAUUGUGCCAUUGGUGCGCGACAACGUUGGUGGAAAGCCGAACCUUUCGUUCCUCUUCCAGAAGCGACGUUUCCUCUACGAUGCCGACAAGGGUUCCUUCGCCCCGCUCUCCUACCCCCUCGAUGUCGAACCCAAGCCCCAGCUCAAGACAUUCCAGCAGACCCAAGGCCUCACCUCGCCCGCUGAGAUUGAGCGCAUCGCACAACAUUAUGGCACAAACGAAUUCGAUAUCCCCGUCCCGACCUUCACCGAGCUGUUCAAGGAACACGCCGUUGCGCCCUUCUUCGUCUUCCAGAUCUUCUGCGUUGGACUGUGGAUGUUGGAUGAAUACUGGUACUACUCGCUGUUCACCCUGUUCAUGCUGGUCGCUUUCGAGAGCACCGUUGUGUGGCAGAGACAAAGGACCCUGACCGAGUUCCGCGGCAUGAGCAUCAAGCCAUACGAGAUCUAUGUAUACAGGCAAAAGAAGUGGCAGGAGGUCAUGAGCGACAAGCUGCUACCCGGCGAUGUCGUCAGCGCAGGCAGGACCAAGGAAGACUCGGGUGUAGCAUGCGACAUGCUCCUACUCGAGGGGUCCGCCAUCGUCAACGAGGCUAUGCUUUCGGGAGAGAGCACACCGGUGCUCAAGGAAUCCGUACAAUUGCGACCUGGCGAUGCGCGCAUCGAGCCUGAGGGUCUGGACAAGAACUCGUUCCUCUGGGGUGGCACCAAGGUCCUCCAGGUUUCGCACGGCAACGAUGCUGAGGAAGAUGGCAGCGGCGUUAACAGACUUUCGUCUGGAGUCCCACCGCCACCGGACAAGGGUGCUGUUGCUGUUGUCAUCAAGACUGGUUUCGAGACCAACCAGGGCAGCCUCGUCAGAACCAUGAUCUUCGCUACCGAGCGCGUCUCCGCAAACAACGUAGAAGCUCUCUUCUUCAUCCUCUUCCUUACCGUCUUUGCCGUCGCCGCCUCGUGGUACGUCUGGAAGGAGGGUGUCAAGCUCGACCGCCAGCGUAACAAGCUGCUUCUCGACUGCGUCCUCAUCGUCACCAGCGUCGUCCCUCCCGAGCUCCCCAUGGAGCUUAGCUUGGCUGUCAACACCUCCCUUGCCGCGCUUAGCAAAUAUGCCAUCUUCUGUACUGAGCCGUUCCGAAUCCCUUUCGCUGGACAGGUCGACGUCGCCUGCUUUGAUAAGACUGGUACAUUGACUGGUGAAGACUUGGUCGUGGACGGUAUUGCUGGACUAUCACUGGGUCAAGACAAUGCUACGGUUGCUGCAGACGGUGCGCAUACUGAUCUCACAAAGGUCACGGACGUUGGAACUGAGACAACACUGGUGCUUGCCGCCGCUCACUCUCUGGUCAAACUAGACGAUGGCGAGACUGUUGGAGAGCCUAUGGAGAAGGCCACUCUACAGUCCCUCGGCUGGAAACUCGGAGCCAAAGACACGAUCCAAGCUACUAUGACCACUGCCAAUUCUCAGGCCGAACUCGUACACAUCCGUCGCCGCUUCCAAUUCUCGUCUGCUCUUAAACGCCAGAGCUCUGUCGCAACUGUCCUGGUCAAUAACAACAAGACCGGUCGCAAGGUCAGGAGCACAAUCGCUGCGGUCAAGGGUGCGCCCGAGACUAUUCGCAAGAUGUUGGUCAACACCCCACCGAACUACGAGGAGACAUUCAAACACUUUACCCGUAAUGGUGGCCGUGUCCUCGCUCUCGCAUACAAGUUUCUAUCUGAAGAAGGAGAGUGGGGCCAGAACCGCAUCAACGACCUCAAGCGUGAGCAAGUUGAGUCUGACUUGCACUUUGCCGGUUUCCUCGUCCUCCAGUGCCCCUUGAAGCCUGACGCUGUCGAGGCUGUACGCUCCCUCAACGAGUCUAGUCAUCGUGUUGUCAUGAUCACUGGUGACAACCCACUGACUGCUGUCCAUGUCGCUAAGCAAGUUGAGAUCGUUGACCGCGAUUGUUAUAUUCUUGACGCGCCUGAGAACGACGAAACUGGCGAGAAGCUCGUUUGGCGCAGCGUUGACGACAAGAUUAGCAUUCCUGUCGACCCCUCCCAGCCUCUGGACGCCGAGAUCUUGAAGACCAAGGAUAUCUGUCUUACUGGGUACGCACUUUCGAAGUUCUCUGGUCAACCUGGAUGGAAGCAGAUUCUGCGAUACACUUGGGUCUACGCUCGUGUCUCACCGAAGCAGAAGGAGGAAAUUCUUCUUGGCCUUAAGGAUUGCGGUUACACUACACUCAUGGCUGGUGAUGGUACCAACGAUGUUGGUGCGUUGAAGCAAGCUCAUAUCGGUGUCGCCCUGCUCAACGGUACCCGUGAGGACCUCGACAAGAUUGGCGAGCACUUCCGCAACACUCAGAUGAAGAAUGUCUACGAGAAGCAGUGUAACUUGAUGCAACGGUUCAAUCAGCCCCAGCCACCUGUUCCGAUCAUGAUCGCGCAUCUAUACCCCCCUGGCCCAACCAACCCUCACUACGAAAAGGCAAUGGAGAAUCAGGCAAAGAAGAAGGGUCUUCUCCCAGGUGCCAAUGGUGUCGCUAACGGAUCAGCAUCUACUGGUACCCUUGUUCAACAACAGCCCGGUCAAGUCCAGCCGCCUCAGGCCGUCGGCAACCUUGCUCAGCAGAUGCAGGAGAAGAUGAUGAUGCAAGAGAUGGAAGAGAUGGCUGGUGAACCACCGACGAUCAAACUCGGUGAUGCUUCCGUCGCUGCGCCCUUCACCUCUAAGCUUGCGAACGUCGUUGCGAUUCCUAACAUCAUCCGUCAAGGUCGCUGCACACUCGUCGCUACAAUCCAGAUGUACAAGAUUCUCGCUCUGAACUGCUUAAUCUCUGCUUACAGUUUGUCUGUUCUCUACCUGGAUGGUAUCAAGUUUGGCGAUGGUCAAGUCACCAUUUCCGGUAUGAUGAUGAGCGUAUGCUUCCUUUCCAUUUCGCGCGCAAAGACCGUUGAGACUCUGUCAAAAGAACGUCCUCAGUCCAACAUUUUCAACACGUACAUCAUCGGUUCCGUACUUGGACAGUUUGCUAUCCAUAUCAUCACCCUCAUCUAUGUCAGCCAAUACGUCCAGCGUGUUGAGCCCAAGGACCCCAACCCGGAUCUCGAGAAGGACUUCGAGCCAUCCCUGCUCAACUCUGCAAUCUACCUACUACAACUCAUUCAACAAAUCUCAACCUUUGCCAUCAACUACCAAGGCCGACCCUUCCGUGAGUCCAUCCGCGAGAACAAGGGCAUGUACUGGGGACUCGUUUCCGUCUCCGGUGUUGCCUUCUCCUGCGCCACCGAAUUCAUUCCCGAACUCAACGAGAAGCUCAAGCUUGUCCCCUUCACCACCGAAUUCAAGGUCAUGAUUACCAGCAUCAUGGCUUUCGAUUUUGUCGCUUGUUACAUCAUCGAGAAGGGGCUGAAGUUCUUCUUCUCGGACAACAAGCCAAAGGAUAUUGCAGUCAGGAGACCGGAUCAGCUGCAGCAAGAGGAGAAGAGGAAGGCAAGGGCGGAGAUUGAGGCGCAGAGGAAGAAGAACGAGGAGGCGGAGAUGAAGGCUGCUGCUGCUGGAUUGGUUAAGCGGUAG